GAGGAGGGAUGCAGAUGUACACCUUACCCUCCUUGCAAGACACAUCCUCAGAGCACACCAUUACUGACCACCACUGCCACCGCCACCACCAGCACCACCCACACUGCCCAGCCACCACUCAGCUCCACUUCAGCCCCCAAGACUGCAGGAUGAGGACUUGGUCAAGGGCCCAGUGUGGGGAGCACUGUCUGGUCCUCUUGGGUUUCAUAACCUUGGGUUUUUCUCUGAGCAACAUCUCAACCAGAGGACAGGAUGAGGGUGUUGCCUCUAAUAGUCUGGAAGACGGGCUGGAGGUGACAACAUAUUGGUGGGGAGAAUGGGCUAAGUGGACAGCCUGCACACGCACUUGUGGAGGGGGGGUCAUGUCUCAGGAGAGACACUGUCUCAAGCAAAGAAAGAAAGCAACUACUGGUAAGGACAACAUGACAUGCACAGGCAAUGCAAAAAGGUACCACCUCUGCAAUACAAAGGAAUGUCCCUCAACUGGAAGGAGUUUCCGAGAGGAGCAGUGCUGGUCAUUUAAUUCUCAGGUGUACAAUGGAAAAUAUUACCACUGGAAACCCCUUUACCCAGAUGACUACGUGCAUAUCUCUAGCAACCCCUGUGACCUUCACUGCACUACAUCAGACGGUCAGAGACAGCUGAUGGUCCCAGCUCGGGAUGGAACAUCUUGCAAAUACAGCAAUUACAGGGGAGUCUGUGUAGAUGGCAGAUGUGAGCCUAUUGGAUGUGAUGGUGUCCUCUUCUCUCCCAAUACACUGGACAAGUGUGGGGUGUGUCAAGGAGAUGGUAGCAGUUGUAGCAGGGUAACUGGAAACUUCCGCCGUGGGACCUCCAGCCUGGGUUAUUCCUUCAUUACCCAGAUCCCGGAAGGCUCAUGGGACAUCCAGAUCAUUGAGAGAAAGAAGUCUGCAGAUAUACUGGCUGUGACUGACCAGGCAGGGAACUUCUUCUUCAACGGUGCAUACAAGGCCGACAGCCCUCAGAACUUCCAUGUGGCGGGCACUAUCUUCAAGUACCGGAGGCCCACCGAUGUGUAUGAGACGGGGAUUGAGUACAUCGUGGCGAAAGGGCCCAUCGAUCAGCCCAUCAAUGUUCUGGUCUGGAACCAGAAUGGCCGCAACCCUUACAUCACUUACGAGUACACAGUGAUGCGUGACCCCCUCUCUCCGGUUUCCCAGCCACCCAUUUAUACCGGCUCAGACAGGGGACCCGGUAACCAAGGCUCCAUGGAGAUCGACAGUGUUUUGUCCCACAAUGAGAGCGCAUAUGACAAGGCUGUCCCUGCAAUGGAGAGGAACAAGGUGCAGACACAGGGAAUUGAGCCAGGUGCAGUGGAGAAACAGCAGCCUGGCCAGGAGACCAACGAAGUGUACGAGGAAACGGCUGCCAUAGACUGUGAGCAGGAUGCUCCGACACCACCUCAGUUUCCAGAUGGAAAUAGCAGCUGGCCAAGUGGAGUGGUUGCCCCUGGCAUUGUGCCUGCCAACAGACCUGCAGAAGAGAUGGUGGACUCUGAAAAUCUCAUAUGGGGGAUGGUUCUCAGGCAGAGGACGGGCUCAGAUGGUAUGCAAAAUAACAUCUCCACCAAUCAGCUUCUUUCUGAGGGGGCAGGCAUCUUCCCUGAAGUGGAGCCAGUUGAGUUAGACUACAGCAGCUUGGAGCAAGGGAACCUUAAUAGUUCGUCCCUUGAGUUUACCCUGGGCCGCCACCGCAAUGACACAGGAGACCUCCUGUUCCAGAACAGGACUCUGAUUACCAGCUUAAGGAGCAGCAACCGCACCAAUCGCACCAGGAGUCAUCAAAGAUUGCUACAGAAGAACAAACUGAGUGCUGCAGAUAUGUAUCGCUGGAAACUCUCCUCCCAAGAGCCAUGUAGCAUAACAUGCUCAAUAGGUGUGACAAAGUCUUUAGCUAUGUGUGUACGAUAUGAUGGUGCUGAGGUGGACGAUACCUACUGUGAUGCUUUGACUCGACCUGAACCUGUGCAUGAUUUCUGCAUUGGAAGAGAGUGUCAGCCUAGGUGGGAGGCAAGCAGCUGGAGUGAGUGCUCUCGAACAUGUGGUGAAGGUUUUCAGUUCAGGCUGGUUCGCUGCUGGAAGAUGCUAGCACCCGGUCUGGACAGCUCAGUCUAUAGCGACCUGUGUACGGAUGCUGAGUUAGAGCGCCCCCCAGAGCGCAGGCUCUGCAAGAGCCCCACCUGUGGCCCACAGUGGGAGGUGGCAGAGUGGUUAGAGUGCCCAGCAAAAUGUGGCCGGAGAAGUCUGGUGACCCGAGAAGUCAGGUGCUCGGAGGAAAUCAAGUCAUGUGACGAGGCGACACGCCCUGCAUCUGUGAAGAACUGCACUGGUCCACCUUGUGAGCGCCAGUGGACAGUGUCUGAUUGGGGCCCAUGCUCGGGUACAUGUGGGUAUGGGAAGAUGGUUCGGCAUGUGUACUGCAAAACCCCAGAAGGCCGGGUAGUGCCUGAGUCCCAGUGUUCACCUGAGGACAAGCCUCUGGCCAUUCAUCCCUGUGGGGACAAAGAGUGUCCCCCACACUGGCUGGCACAAGACUGGGAAAGGUGCAACACAACAUGUGGACGUGGCGUAAAGAGGAGGACCGUGUUUUGCUCAGGCAUCACGGGUGGCAAGUUUCAAAUCCACGAGGAGGAGGAAUGUGAUGCUGGAAUGAAACCAGCAGACGAGGACACCUGCUUUGAGAGACCCUGUUUCAAGUGGUACACAACACCAUGGUCUGAGUGCACUAAGACGUGUGGAGUGGGUGUGAGAAUGAGGGACGUAAAGUGUUACCAGGGAAGAGAGCUUGUCCGUGGAUGUGAUCCUCUGACCAAGCCUGUUAACAAGCAGACCUGUGCCCUGCAGCCUUGCCCCACGGAACCUCCAGAUGAGAAUUGCCAGGACCGUCCCACCACUAACUGCUCUCUGGCUCUGAAGGUCAACCUCUGCAGCCACUGGUAUUACAGCAAAGCCUGCUGCCAUUCCUGCCGCACUCUACGAGCUUCCUAGUCUUUACCCUCUGAAGAAUCACCACACAGGAUAGAGCCAGUGCACUCUGAGCACUAGUAGUAGACCUAGAACUAGUGGUACAAUGGACCAUGGGGUAAUAUGUGAAAAUUAGAACUUCAAAGGGUGUUGAUAGACCAAAGUUAUGAAAAUCUAAGAAUUUUAGUGUCUGUGCAAAGUAUUGGACCAAAGACUAAAGUAUUUAAAGUUCUGUUUGUUAUCUUUUGGAAACCUUUCAUUGUUUUAUUUCUUAAGCUAGCUAUGUUUAACUACCAUUGAUGUCAGUAUUAUAAUAACAAUACAUACUUUAUGACGAAGUCCUUCGACUGAGGGACGCAUUAAGGAAACGUUAAAUUAUUUUGGGUUUUGCUCAGUGAACCGUAAUUAUAAUGCAUGAAAGUAUUUAUGAUCCAUUAAACUGGCAGGGAGAGGGGUCAGUGUUGAAUGUUACCUCUGGCUAAAGAUUGAAGACUUAGUACUGUAUGUCUAAACACAAGAUGACUCUUCAUCCACUGCCAGUUCCAGUGCUCUGCUGUUUUCUUUUUUUUAAAUCUUAUUGAAUUGUUCCUGGACCAUUGCUUUUAUUAUUGUUUAUUUAUUAGUCAGAGCAUUAUUGUUCUUUAUUGUUUAUUGUUUGAAUUGUUCUUCUGCAGAUACCUAUAAAAAGUGUGUAACAACUA